CCCCGGGGUGUGGCCACAGCUGACCCGGGCCCCGCCUACCUCCUCCUUCUCCACAGAGAGAGCAGAGCUAGCUCGCUCCAUCACUGGGUCUAACUCCUGGCCAGCCUCUCCAGUGUAGCAAAAGACCCCGCAAGCAAGGCAGAAAGCAUCUGCGACAGCGUGUUGCUUCUCUGCGUGGAAGAGUUGGGGGUGCGCUGUUAGCCGCGUGCAGACUCCGUGUGCAGCGCGUGCAGGGCCGGGACAGCGAUGACGGCUACCGACACGGAAGUGGACAUAUUCGAGGACGGUGGGGAGGUGGAGACACACUACAAGCAGAUCUAUAAGAUACUCAUCAUCGGAGACUCCAACGUCGGGAAAACGGCACUGCUCACCCGCUUCGUCGAGGGGCGCUUUCAGAGCGUCUUCAUGUCCACUGUGGGCAUAGAUUACAAAAACAAGGUCAUCACUCUAGAAGAAGAGAAUGUAAAACUCCAGAUUUGGGACACGGCUGGUCAGGAGCGGUUCAGGACGCUCACCAAUGCCUACUUCAGAGGAGCAGCU